AUGGAGGUUGUGGUAACCUCCCUUGAGGAGAAAGUGGCACGCGUGAUAUCUACCCAGCCGACGAUGGAGUGGCGCUUGGCUGAGCUAUCCGCGAGCGUCAAGGGCCUACAGGAGCAACUGGAGACCCAGGCCUGUCGGACAGAUGCUGCCGAGGCGCGGCUGCAGAGGUGGAAAGCCAGCCUGGAAACGGAGAUGAAGAACCUGGCGGCUGCAGAGGCGCCGGCACCACCAGCUCCCCCCACACCUCACAAUGGACUGGAUGCGGAAUCUUGCCGCACAGCUGUUGUUGCUGAACUUCGCGGGCACGCGGCCGCAGGGUCCAAACCUCAGCGGCAGGUAGAGGCGCCAGAGGCGGGCAUAAAAGAUCUUGGCCUGGACGAUGUGGCCGCCGUUGCCACUCGUGUCUUCGGAGCAGAGACAGCUGCCCUCAAGACUCGCCUGGCGGAGCAGCAGGAAGCCCUGAGGUCUGAGCUCUUGGCACUAGCUGGCCGACCGCAGGCUCAGCCUGCUCGGCAAGAGGCCGACGUGAGUCUGCACUUUGGGGAAAUCCGUGCGCUGAUCAACGAUGAGUCUGCCAGUCGAAGUCGGUUGGCCGAUGAGAUCAAGGCAGACAUGCGCGACCUGGCACAGGAGCUCAGAUCGGAGGCAGACCACCGCUUGGAACUGCAACAGCGCCUAGAAGCGUUGGAUUCGGAAGCCAAGUCGGAUCUCCAGCAAGCCGAGCAACGGCGCGGGGCAGCGGCCGCCGAGCUCCAGGUCCAGGCCGCUUCCCGCGGCACAGACCUGGGACGCGAAGACUCUCCGCGAGGACAAAAGGCCGAGGCCGAGUCCCAAAUCGUGUCCCUGCAGAGCGCCAGCCAAGAUUGCUCCAGCAGCCUCAAGGAGCUCGACCCGGCCAUGAAGGCGCUGUUUGCAGAGGCGUGUGAGGUGGCGCAGAAGCAGCACCUGGAGCUGUUGGAUCGCCUGACUCAGCUGUCCGCUCGGGUGGAUGCCGAGAUGAGCGACCGGCAACAGGCCGACGACAAGUGGGAGACCCUGCAGGAAGCCCUCGGCCGCGAGCAGCUGGCCCGGGAGGGGGCGCUGAGCGAGAACAGCCGGGCAGUGGGCGCCCUGGCAUCUCGUUUGGACAGCCAGGAGAAGGCCUUGCCCGAGCUGGACGCCGCAGUCAAGGCGGAGUUGGCCAAGGUCGAGGCGGCGAUGGCCAGCUUCAGGCAGGAGGAGCGGAACGCCCGCGAGACGAUGUCCGCCGACCUCUCCGCAACGCAGGCGCAGAAGCACGAAGAGAUGACUGCGACCCGCAGGGAACACGCAGCCCUCAAGGAGGAGAGCCGCAAGCAGGUGUUGAUGAUGGCGAAGCGCCCCAAUGAGGAUCUCCACACAGAGCACGAGUGCCUGCUCCAGGUCGAGGCUGCGCCGUGGGCGACAGAGUCCGGGCAUUUCGAAGAUGCCUCGCAAGGACAGACGGCCGAGGAGGUGUGCCAAAUCGUGCCCCUCCAGUGCGCUACUCCAGAGUGCUCCAACGGCCUCAAGGAGCUCGACUCUGCAAGCAGAGUGCCAGUGCCGGUUGCAGAGGAAGGCGACGUGGCGCAGAGGCGGCAGCUGGAACUCCUGGAUCGCCUCACGCAGCUGACUGCUCGAGUGGAUGCCGAGAAGGCGGACCGCCAAGAGGCCGAGGAGCGGGCGGGCGACAAGCUGGAGACUCUGCAGGAAGCCCUCGGCCGCGAGCAGCUAGCCCGGGAGGCGGCGCUGAGCGAGAACUUUCGGGCAGUGGGCGCCCUGGCAUCUCGUUUGGACAGCCAGGAGAGGGCCUUGCCCGAGCUGGACGCCGCGGUCAAGGCGGAGUUAGCCAAGGUCGAGGCGGCCAUGGCCAGCUUCAGGCAGGAAGAGCGGAACGCCCGCGAGGCGACGUCCGCCGACCUCUCCGCAUCGCAGGUGCAGAAGCACGAGGCGAUGGCUGAGGAGAUGCGGAGGGAACACGCAACCCUCAAGGAGGAGAGCCGGACAUGCGCUUUGCCGCUUGUGGAGCGCCUCAACGAGGAACUCCGUAAUGAGCACGAGGCCAGGCUGACUAUGCUCCUCUCUGCUGGUUGGGCCACCCUUGCAGAAAGGUAG